AUGUCGUCUCCGGAAGAACCACUCGUGCGGCCACCAGAAUCAGAAGGCGAUGACCCCAUCAUCCACCCAUCCCUCCAGCGGUACAUCCACGGACUUCCGGAUUCACAUACAAACUACGCACGCUUCUUCUCGGCCCUGCUCAUCCCGCAACAAUCCCACGAGCAGUUCUUCGUCGACCUGAAGCAGUUCCGCGAGCAACCCACCAUCAUCUACCUCCUCGAGCCGGGAACUUCCCAGAACUACCGCGCCGUCUCGCGGAACUUUGUCGGUUCGCGGUUCGCACACCCGUGGUGUCGGGUGCACAGCGACUUCGUCAAGGGAUGGCGUGGGGCCAGCUGGGUUGGGAAAUCGGGGACCCGGGUCGACGAGCAGAUGAAGAAGGAAGAGGAGCGGCUGCACAAGCUGCUCGUCCCGAUCUGGAUCGCAAUGAGGAGGAGGAUGUUUCCCGGCGAGGACGUGGUUAGGGAGUGGAUUGUCAAAGAGGACGAGCGCGAAAGGGCCGCUGCGGAGGAGAAGAAGAGGCUCAAGGCAGAACGGGCGGCGGCCCAGUCGGCGGCGCCUGAUGAUGCCUCGAUGCGCACUCUUUCGUCAGGCACGCCGCCUGGCUAUUCCGAACUCGGCUUCGCAACCACAAAGUCGACAAAGCCGUCGCCGGUGCACUCACAAGUCACAGAUCCUAGCGGAGCCGCGGCCGCAUCUAAGCUGUUCCUGGGCGUGGCUGUCACGGGCUUUAUCAUGAGCGACAAGCGCAUCCAGAAAUACGUCGAGAAGAAGAUGCGCAAGAAGUGA